AUGCACCGUCGCUAAGUAGAACUGUAACGUCUGGUAGAAAACGCAAAUGGAUCGAAAGCAGGAUCCUGUUUUAUAACAACACCUCGGCAUCUUUCAAUCUGACCACCUCAGCCAUACUGACAUGCGGAGAUGUACACCCCCACCCAGGUCGACCCACUGUCCAAAACGUCAAUCCCACUAAAACGAUUCAAAAAUAUAAAGCACCUAAAUGUACAAAAUGUGAAAAACAGGUUCGACGAAACCACAAACGACUGCAGUGUGACAAAUGUUUCGAUCUUAUCCAUAUGCGCUGUGCUAGUGACAAUCUUCGAAUCUAUAAGAACAUUACGACUAACCAACCCGGUACAUGGACAUGUUCUCACUGUACCCUUUCAGAGCUCCCGUUCUUUUCUACGAAGGAUUUAAGCAGUUUAGAUUCAUCACAGGAACAUAUAAAGGCUAUAAACGUUACGUCUGACAGAGAUCAUCAUUUGAACGCUAUCGCAUCGAGACAAACUCAACUCUCCUUUAUGCAUUUAAAUACGCAAAGCAUGACUUCAACAUUUGACGAUUUGCUGCUAGUUAUACGAACAUACGGCUUUGAUAUUGUAACGCUCAGUGAAACGUGGCUCAAAGACAAUCCUCAACUACUAAAUCACGUCUCCAUUUCCGGGUAUGGCAAUGAAUUUAGAAAUCGAGAACAAAUCAGAGGAGGUGGAGUUGGAGCGUAUAUCAAAGAAACUGUGAAAUAUAAACGGCGCAAGGACAUCGAAUCCAAAUAUCCAGAUCUAGAACAUUUAUGGCUGGAAAUCCAAGGACAGAACAAACAUAGUCAUCUAUUAUUGGGUACAAUUUAUAGAUCUACUCGAAUAUUGGAUACUCAGCAAUGGCUAGAACAGAUGGAGAACAUGCUGUUGGAAAUUACAACAUCAUGGGAUGGCUUGCUGAUCCUUACAGGCGACAUUAACAUUAACUUACUAAAUUCUGACGCACCUUUGACGAAACAAUAUCUGGACUUACUAUCAACGUUCGACCUAACACAGCAUGUUAAGAAAGCUACGAGAAUCACACAAACCAGUACAACUCUCAUUGACCACAUCAUAUCGAACAACUCCAAGCGUAUUACACACACGGAUGUACUACCGUGCUCAAGUGUCAGUGAUCAUGAUGCACCUUACGCCUGCAUAAACAUUCGUAUAGAACGUUUCCAACCGCGUUUUAAGUACAUUCGAAGCGAACGUAAUUUUAAGAAGAGUGAAUACAUUCAGGACUUUGAAUCACUCCCAUUUAACAUCAUCUAUGCAAUCGAAGAUCCUGAUGAGAAACUGGACAUAUUUAACAAACUCGUUGGCGACUGUAUUAAGCGUCACGCUCCUCUGAAACGUACGAAGAUCACCCGCCCUCCUGCGCCAUGGUUACAUGAUGAUAACAUCCGAGAUCUUCAAAAACAAAGAGAUUCGUUGCGUCACGAAGCCCACACACUCAACACAACUGAUGUCUGGCAAGCUUUCCGUGAUGUACGCAACCGGUUGAAGACAAAAAUCAAAGAAGCGAAGAAGUCGUUUGUCAACAAGGCUUUUUCAAGCUCCAAACCGAAAGAAAUCUGGCGUGUUAUACAUCGCGUCCUAAUUCCAUCACCACAACCUCUGAGAGUUGACGUUGACGAUUUAAACAAAUUCUUCGCAACUACAGCCCAGCGCACAACGGGAAAUACUGAAACCGACUUCAAAGAAGACCUGCUCAGUUUUGUUGAUACACUACAACAAAACGUUAGUGAUGAUGCAGCAUUUCAUUUACGUCCAGUUACGUUCAACGAGGUUCUGUGUGAAACCAAAGGCAUCAGAUCCGAUACAUCUACAGGGCCAGACCAACUACCUGCAAAAUAUCUCAAGAUUGUUGCGCAGCUCAUCGCAGGUCCACUAACUCACAUCAUCAACUCCUUUGUAGCUGUUUCUGAUGCUUGGAAAGUCGCUAGGAUCACUCCAAUACCUAAGAGUAAUAACUCUAAUUCGAACAGUAAUAUGCGUCCCAUAUCAAUACUGCCAGUUCCUUCGAAGGUAUUUGAAAGGCUUACACACUAUCAAUUGGUUGAGCACAUUGACUCCCAAAAGCUGUUGAAAGAGAACAUAUCUGGCUUUAGGAAAGGCCAUUCAACUACCACAGUUUUGCUAGAUAUUAGAGACGACGUACUUCGUGCAAUGAAGCGUGAGGAAGUUACACUCAUGGUCCUAGCUGACUUUUCGAAAGCCUUUGACACCAUUAAAUACAAAACUGUGUUAACUCAAUCAGUUAGGUUUCUCAAAUGAAUAUCUUAAAUGGUCGGUGAAUUACCUAACUGGAAGACGGCAUUUCGUCCAAAUUGACGACAAAACAUCCGGCUUGUGUCCAGUCAACUUCGGCGUUCCUCAGGGGUCUAUAUUAGGGCCAUUAAUCUUUAAUCUAUAUGUUGCUGACCUUCAAUUGUACAUCAAAGACAAAUGUCAUCAAUACGCCGACGACACAACCCUUUACACUCAUUGCAAACCCGAGAGUAUCCAAGAUGCGGUAGCUGAUAUACAGUCAAGUGUUCGCAAGCUGGAAGAAUGGUCGAGUGAAGCCAACCUUGUCAUCAAUCCAUCAAAGACCACUGUAAUGAUGCUGUCCACCGCACAACUGGCUUCCUCCCAUUCUCUGAAUGAUGCCUCCAUCAAUAUCGAAAUCAAUGGCACACACGUAGAGCGAGUUAAAUCUACAAAUUAAAGUUACUAGGGUCUUACAUUCACGAACACCUUAAAUGGGAAGAGAAUGUUAAAAACAUCGCCUCAUCCUGUUAUUCCACCCUUGUCUCGCUCAGAAAACUAAAAAACAGUUUACCAUUCAAAAUCCGUAAGAACUUAGUACAGGCUCUUGUCUUAUCUAAACUAUACUAUAACGACGUAAUUUACCAUUCACUGCCAGAGUACUUACAGAAACGCCUACAAAGGGUACAGAAAGCAGUAGCUAGUUUCGUGCUAGGCAAAUUCGCUAGAUCAGCGGACGUAUUAUCGUUAAACUGGUUGCCUAUCAAGGAACAACGUGAAUGGAACGUUUUAAAAUUAAGUUACAAAGCGCUUUACGAUGAAAAUUGGCCAAGUUACCAAAAGCUACAAUUGGUUCAACAUUCUCGAGUUCUGAGAUCAAGCAAAGGCUCAUCAUCAUCAUCAUCAAUCAAUUUUAUUUAAAAUCAAAACACGCUAGCCUCGCACAACUAAAAGCUGAUUUACAGGAGGGGCGUGAUAUAUAAAACAGUAGAAUAUAUGGAAUAUUAUAUGAACCCCCCAACCUCCGCCCCCCCAACAACAAAUUGAGAAAAAUAAAGUCAAGUAAAGUAAAUAAAGAGAGUUAACUAUAAUUAAGUCAACAUGGUUCUAAAAGCUGGACAGCUCCGCAAUACUACGCUUAAAUUGACUGAGCGAAGUCGCUCUUGUUGCAUCUAAUGGAAGAUUAUUCCACAGCAUUGAUGCGCUAUAUAAAAGCUUCUCUUCAAAAAAAUAGUUUUUGGUUUUGGAAGUGCUAGAUCCGUUUCCUGAUUUCGUAAAUUAUGGCGUCUAUUAAGUUCACUAAGUCUUACAAGGCUUUCUCUUAAACUUGGCGAACAAUUUUCAUUAAGGAUUUUAUACAUUAGGAUACUCUUCAACUUAGCUCGCCUAACAUGUAGAUUAUCCCAUCCUAAACCUUCCAAAAGAUCACUUGAUCUAAUCCUAUCAUCAUAUCUUGCUCCAGUGAUAACCCUAGCCGCACGAUUUUGUAAUAUUUGCAAUUUAUCUUUUAAUAUUUUAUCGCAUGUAUCCCACAGGGGAGAGCAAUAAUCAAAAUACGGUUGAAUUAAUGAUUUGUAUAAUGUAACAAGAGAGGUCUGCGGAACGAAUGGUUUAAUUCUCCUCAAUGCUCCUAUGCCUGAACAGAUCUUCUUGCAUAUUUCUUCAAUAUUGAUGUCAAAAGUCAAUCUCUCAUCAAGAUCAACUCCCAAACAUUUAUUCGAGACAACAGGUGAAAUUACGUUAUUGUUCAUGAUAAUGCUGUUGUACAAUUCACCAACUUUGUUGGUCAAAUUUUGUUUAGAUCCUAUGACAAUAAGCUUAGCCUUAGAAGGAUGGGAUUGGAGUUUAUUUACAUUUAACCAAUCUGUGACAUUUUCUAAAUCAGAGUUUAUAUCAUUAGCCAGCGCAAUAGAGUCGUACGAAGAGGCGAAAAUUUGGGUAUCAUCUGCGUAUAGACAGGGUGUUGUUGUCUUUAGACAGUUGGGUAAAUCGUUGAUAUAAAUUAGGAACAACAACGGGCCAAGUAUGGAACCUUGUGGAACCCCGCAAAUUAUUUCACCUUUAUUAGAGAGGCAGCCAUUUACUUGACACUGUUGUUGCCGAUUUGAGAGGUAGGAUUUAAACCAUGCAAGUUCAACUUGAGAAACGCCAUAGAAAGCUAGUUUUUCAAGUAGUAUAACAUGAUCUAUUGAAUCGAAAGCUUUUCUGAUAUCAAGGAAAACUACCCCUGUUAACUUGCCAUUAUCCAUAUUUUCGUACCAGUUAUCACACAUUUGAAUUAGUAUAGGUAAUCAUACGGGAAGGAGUGCAAUUAAUGAUUAACACUAUACGAGUGAUAUUUGAAAAAUGUGCCAAAAUUGCACGAGCCGCCGAGGCGAGUGCAAUUUGGCACAUUUUUCAAAUAUCACGAGUAGUGUUAAUCAUUAAUUGCACGACUUGCCCGUGUGAUUAUUUAUUUAUAUAUAUGCAUGACAAAAUCGCUUUCUUUAUAUUUCAACUUCAUUUUGUCAAGAGUUUUUAAUUCUUUUGUAAGCAAUUUGGUAUAAACAAACUUGGGAAAUGAUUAUAAACUCAUAAAGGCACAUAACUUAAACUAGAACACAAGAUUCAAACUCAAACCACAUAUUUUAGACUAAGAAAAUCUUUAUAAAUUGCAUUUCAAACUUACAUAGUCACGUUUGGUUGCAUCCCGCCAAGAUUAUUUCUUAAAAUUGUUUCCAGGUAUUUUCAACAGGUUCUUUUUGCCAUAUAAUGUUUUUUAAACUCAUUCUUGUGCCAAAAUUCAGUUAAAUUCGUCCACAUUUGUUAGAAAUACUUAUCUAAAUUUCGCCGCCAUAUUGGAUUUUGUUGUUUUGAUUUCCCGCUCCCCCCAGCCAUCAUGAAAAUCAUUAAUUGCACUCCUGGAGAGUGCAAUUAAUGAAAUAAUUGCACUCCUCUAAACCAAUCAGAUUGCAGUAAUUUUGUCAUGUAUAUAAUAAGAGCUGUAAUUGUAGAGUGCCCUGGUCGAAAUCCGGAUUGGAAUUUGGAUAUAAGGCAAUUUUCGUUUAAAUGUUUGUAAAGUUGUGUAAAGAUUUCUUUUUCGAAAACCUUACUUAUUAUCGGUAGAAUUGAUAUUGGUCUAUAAUUUCCCAAAGUUCGUUUGUUGCCUUCCUUAUAAAUCGGUAUAACUUUCGCAUAUUUCCAAUUUUCUACAAACACUCCAGUUGAAAGUGAUAGAUUAAAAAUAUAAGUUAAAGAGGGUGCAAUUAUAUCUGCAGCAAUGCGUAGCAUUUUAGCCGGGAUUUUAUCAAGACCAGCGCCUUUCGAAACAUUUAGAUGUCUUAGAGUUUUCAAAACAUUGUCCACUGGAAUAAACAUAAAACGAAAGGAUGGAAUAAAUAACUUGUUGUUUUCCAAAUAAGUUUCAGCCUUAUUUGUUGACUGAUUUGAAACUUCAGAAGCUAGUUUAGGCCCAAUAUUAAUAAAGAAUUCAUUAAAAGCUUCAGAUAUAUUUUCAUCGUUGCGAAUAAUUUUAUCGUCAAUUUCAAUUUCAUUAACAUGUUUUGUUUUACUGGCACGACCAAUAAGAGAAUUAAUUAGUUUCCAAGUAGUUUUUGGAUCGUUCUUAUUACAUUCGCCAAUUUUUUGGCAGUAAUAGCGAGAUUUACUUCUCCGAAUUUCAAUAUUGACUCUGUUUCUGGAGGCCUGAUAAAGUCUCCAGUGGUACUCAGAGCCAUAUUUAAUUGAUUGUUUUUUAUGAUAAUCACGAUUACGCAUCAUUUUUUUAAUGUUCGAAUUUAGCCAUGGAAUUGCGGUAUGCCGUAUACGCUGAAGUCUCAGAGGCGCAUGCCUAUCCAAAACCUCAUUAAAAUUAUUUUCCCACGCCUUCCAGGCCAAAUUAGGAUCAUUAAUGGUUUCUAUUGUUUGCCAAGGUAUAUUAAGCAGAUCACAAAUGAAAUUUUCCUUCACAAAGUGUUUUAAGUUUCGUACUUCUUUUUUGAUUUGUCUACGCUUAUAUGGGAUAAAUUUGCGGACAACGUAGAUUAAACUAUGGUCAGACAUACCGUUAUGAAUAACUCCUGAUUUUGCUAUGUUUCUUGUGUCAUUUGUGAAUAUCAAGUCAAUUAAAGUGGAUGAUCUGUUUGUCAUUCGUGUAGGCUCCGAAAUCAGUUGUUGCAACUGAUAUGUAGAUGAUAUAAAUUUUAGUCUUUGAGUAUGUGAUUCAGAUGGAUUUUUAAAAUAGUCACAGUUCAUAUCUCACAAAACAAUCAACUGCUUAUUUUCAUAAUCACAUUUUUCAACAAAUUUCGUGUAAUCUUCAAAUACGUUUAUACUUGCAUUUGGUGGCAUGUACCAUGUACCAACCAAGAACGAUUUGUUAUAUGGAAGAUUAAUUUCUAAACAGACCAUUUCUAGUUGGGCAGGGGCAAGAUCAUGUCUAGCUGAGCAAGAUAUAUUCUCUUUAAUAUAUAUAGCUACCCCUCCACCAUGUCUAUUUCGAUCUUUUCUUAUUAUAACGUAACCGGGGAUGUGUAUUUCUCCGUCAGUGAUAGUAUUAUCAAGUUUGGAUUCAUUAAUAGCUAGCACUUCCAAGGGACUAGACAUCAAAAUAUAGCGAAUCUCAUCAAUAUGUUUAUAUAAACUAUUUAUAUUAAUACAAGCAAGCUUAAAACCUUUGAUGUUAGCGAUGCUAUGCAGCGGUACUUUACCACUGUCCCCAGUAGAACCAUGUUGGCUAAGGUUGAAGCUCUCAGCUUCAAGUCCCUUUCAUUAAGAACACAUUACAGGACCAAUCAGCACAUAAUUUUAACCAAUUACCAGAAGAAAUUAGGAACUGCCGAGACUACAGAGUAUUCUACAAUGAGACAAAAAUUUCUUAGUCUUGAAAGCAUGGUCAAGACUUGGAUAAUCUUAGAAAGAAAUAUUUAAAUGUAUAUAGUUUCGUACAGUUUUGUUCUAACUUAGUUAAUUUCGUAAUUUUGUAAGUAAUAUUUUGUCCUGUCGAACACGUUAUAUAUUCAAAGUUAUAUUGCAGUAAUGUUCGUAAAAUAGUUUAUAGACUUUAUGAAUACUUUAUAAUUUAUAUAAUUUGGUAAGCGAAGAGCCACUCUGUGGAUAUAUUACCAAUAAAUCAUUAUUAUUAUUAUUAUUUUUUUUUUUUCGAAAAUUUUAACGAAGUAAACUUUAUAAAUCUUUCUAUGAGCUCCCUAGGUAUUUUUGCGCAAGAAUGCUCUACAUUCUUAGAAAUGUUAGGAAAUGUUGGUCUGGACAAAAACUACCAAACGUACUGUGUUAGGAAAAUGAUGACUAUUGCCAUUCGAAGUACAUACUAUAUUUUUUGCUGCCGAAAUAAGGAAUGGGAAAGUCCGGACUUGUUAACUAUUUGAAAUAUCUGAUUGUCUUGUAUAUUUAUAUAUUUUCAUGUAUUCUGUCUUAUCAUUUUUAUUAGUUCAUAUAGUUGUGAUUCAAAUAGCCAAUUGUAAGUUACCUUAAAUUAGUGAGAUAAACAAUUGUAUAUAUAUAGUAUAUAACAAAAUUAUUAAAGUUUCCAUUAUUAUUAUUAUUAUUAUUAUUAUUAUUAUUAUUAUUAUUAUUAUUAUUAUUAUUAUUAUUAUUAUUAUUAUUAUUAUUAUUAUUAAAAUUAUAACGAUAAGGUGAAUUUCUUUUUUUUGAGACACCCUGUACAUCGCAUAGUGUUUUAAUUAGUCACGUGGUGGGGACUUUGAAGCUCAUGAAAAAUACUAGCCUGCUCGCAUUCCGAAAUUUCGUUCAAAGGAAAACCGAAAAUAGAAAACAAGUAUUCACAAAACAAGUAUCCGUUCCCUAAUCAAUAUUUAACGAAAUGGCAAAAUUGACCAUGAAACUGAAUCAAAUAUUGUAUUGGAGAAACAUUAGAAUAGUCUAAUGUGCUUUUUUUUUCAUAGAACAAGUUAAAAUAGGAAUUAAAAAUCUGCCAACAUGCAUGCAUGCAUUACUGUAAUGUACCAUACUUGAAACUCAGCCAAAAUCAAAUCCCAUCAUCUGCACCUGUGCUUCAUUCUAAUUUGUAUCAAUUUUUCACAGCAAUAACUCUCAGGAUACAAGGAUCCAAUGGUAUUGGCCGUGUUGAAGUAUUACACAAUGGGCAAUGGGGAACAAUCUGUGAUGAUAGUUGGGAUAUAAAUGAUGCCAGGGUUGUAUGUCGUCAGCUUGGUUAUACAAAUGCUGUUAAAGCACUUCAAGGGGGUUUUGUUCCUGAUGGUACUGGACAGAUAUGGUUAGAUAAUGUCGGUUGCAGUGGGAGUGAACAAAGUUUGACCAAUUGUCCCCAUCGUGGAUGGGGAACUCAUAAUUGUGGUCAUAAUGAGGACGCUGGAGUUGAAUGUUUAACAGGUAUAAUUAAAUGUGGGACAGUUAAACAAUGGGAAAUGACCAGCCUGCGCGCACUGUUUGCCUGCUUUGCGCGCUCUGUUUGCCUGCCAAUCGGGCCUUUCAAAACCGGAAAUCGGGCUGGAGCACGCGUUCGUUCAUAUUAGGGAGAUUAAGAUCUACAACGCGAAUUUGUGACGCGGACGUGCUUACCUAAGCCUAGUUUUCGAGUGUAAGCCUAGUCAGAGUUGUCACAGUUUAUUUCUGCGAGAUUUGUGAUACUGUUAUGACACGUUAACAGCCAUGCGAAGUGACAGAAACCAGGCUUUAUAGACUAUUGUUACGAAUGCACAUUUUCCCGCCAAAACUACCAUCCGAGACGACGUGAUAUUUGCAAAGACUCGUCGUCAUAGAAGUCGUAAAAACUUAUGAUAAAAAAUAUCUUCUUGAUAUAUUGCUAGCCUCUGUUAUGUUGUACAUUUUUUCCAGUAUAAUUUCAUUUUAUUUACUGUGAUAAAAAUAUUUUAAUGGUAUUUGCCAUCGUUUUAAAAUAAAACUUGUUUAAUGCGACGUCCGCGUGGUAAGUUCACGUUGUAGAUCUUAAGCUCGCUAUUUUGAUUUGGCAAACGAAGCACGGCCAAUGGGUGAAAUGGCAAAAUUCGCACGGUGCCCGGUUUGCAAAAACAACUGCAAACUGCUCUUUCAUUUCAUCUUAUCCGUGAGUCGACCUCAACAAUUGUCUUUGCAACUGAUUAAUGAUUUGCAUUAUUAAUUUGAACUUUUACAAAUGUAUUGUCUUUAACCUAAUAUUUAGAUGCAGGUUUAUUAGCAUAGCAUUACCAGUUGCCAUGGCUAGCUUUGGCACUGGCCGACAUAGUAUGUAAUACAUGCAUGAACGUGCAUGUCUCCUGCAGGUUUUCAUUCUACUGUCCAUUGUGCCGAUGAUUUUCGAUGAGGUACAGCUCUCCAAUCAGAGGUAAUGAGGUACGCGUUUGUCUUCUAAAUUUCCCUCAUCAAGCAUGCAGGGGAAAAUUAGAACUAAUUUUACCACGGGCAAAUUGUGUGUUAAAUUUUGCCUCGUUAGACCAUUAUUUCGCUGCAAAAAACAACAACAAUUGUAUUUUGGCCAUGUCAUGAUUUUUUGUUAUUAUGUUAAUAAUUUUGUACGACUUUUAAGGCAUUCAAUUGAAGUAAUUCUGAGCCGUAAACAUAUUUUACUUCUUGGCCAUUGAAUCAAAAUACGACUCGUCCCAAUUUCCACGAGUGUUGAUGUACUAUUUAAAAAGCGGGCAGGAGUGUUUUAUUAGGUUUAAAGCCACGAGCGCGCAGCGCGAGUGGCUUUAGUCCUAAUAAAACACGACCUGCGAGUUUUUUAAAUGGCUUCAAAAGCGUAUGCAUAAUAAGUCAAAUCUUUAUAUAAAAAUCUUUAUAUAAAAAUCUUUAUAUAAAAAUCUUUAUAUAGUUUGCAUAACAAUGGUCUUUUGUUAAAGUGUUCUUUAGCUGGUAUAAAGACGUAUGCACGUGACUAAUUUCUUACUCAAGAUUGGAUAAUUGGUUCAUGAAUUAUUACGGUGGUAAAAAUUAGUUCUAAUUUCACUUCAUGUUUUAGUAAUGAGGUAAAUUAGUGAUUAAUCGUACCUCGCGAGACAAAGGAUUUCGAGGCAACUAUGGUAUUAUACUAUUUAAUUUAUACCAUUAUUUGUUGUUAAUUGGUUUUUAAUGGCCCUGCGAGAACAACGGGAAUACCCGCAAUCAUGAUAUUAUAAGGUAAUAGCAUAAAAAGAGGCGAAUUGGCUAUUGAAAACGUCCCGCCCGAUGAGGGUCGUUUAGUAAAAUUCCCUUUGGCGCCGCUCGAUUCGGGUCAUUUACUAAAUGACCCUCAUCGAAAUUUUACUAAAUGACCCUCAUCGAGCGGCGCCCAAGGGAAUUUUACUAAACGACCCUCAUCGGGCGGGACGCUUUAAUAGCUAAUUCGCCUCUUUUUAUGCUAUUACCUUAUAAACAUGCAUAAAGAGGUAAAGAAUUAGUAUGUCUCUGCAAGAUUUUUGUGUACUUCACUGAUCCUAAAAAUAGACUGGAUGGCACGACCUGUUGAUCACUGGUUCAGCAAAGGCCAAAGACCAGUUAAUUAUUCAACAUUGCUAUAGAUUAAAUAUUAAAUAGUAAGGAGCACUAUCUGGCGAGAAUAUUUCCCUAUUUAUUUCGUUGACGAUUUAAGAACGUGAACCACCUCAAGCAAUAAAACUGUCAUGACGGUUAUCAGGUGUGAGAUGGUCCCAAAGCAAUUGUUGAAACACGGCUUGAUUUUGACACAAUAGUGACCCAACCAUAUAUGUUUUCCCGUUAUGAAUGUACAACUAACAUGCUAGACUAAAUUUUAAUCUAAGUAAAGAAAAGGGAAUUAAACACGAGCUAAGACGAUAAUGAAAUUAGUAAAAUUGCGAAAUUUGGUUGCGAUAUGUUGUAAAGCUUGGAAAAUAUAGUCUGCAUGCAGAGUUUGCAAAUGUUGUAUACAGUUAUUUCAAUUGAGGUUGUUCCCACAACCUUAAUUGAAAUAGCUGUAUGCAUAUUUGUAUUACGUUUGGAAAUUCUUACCAUUUUCGGCUCAAAAAUGGUAACAAUUUCUGCACGUAAUACAAACAUCAAAACACGCAAACUUCGCAAGGCUAUAUAAUUAAGUCAACAUUUCAUAACCAAAUUUUGCAAUUUUACUAAUUUUAAUAAGUUGUUUACGGUAAUUUACUCUUUUUUUGUCUAGAUAAAAAAUUGGUCUGGCGUGCAAGUUGUCUAUUGAAUGUUGACCAAAUACCACAUUUUGGUAUCACACAUUGUAGCUCUUUUUCCAAAUUUAGGGAGUUGAUUUGUAUUUAUUUUUUACAGCUAUAUCCCUCAGGAUACAAGGACCAUCAAGUGCAAAUGGUACUGGUCGUGUGGAAGUAUUACACAAUGGACAAUGGGGAACAAUCUGUGAUGAUAGUUGGGAUAUAAAAGAUGCUAAUGUUGUAUGUCGUCAACUUGGUUAUAAAAACGCUGCUAACGCUCUUCAAGGAGGUCAGGUUCCCUCUGGCACUGGACAGAUAUGGUUAGAUGAUGUUACCUGUACUGGGAGCGAACAUAGUCUGACCAGUUGUUCUCAUGGGGGUUGGGGAAAUCAUAAUUGCGACCAUAGUGAGGAUGCUGGAGUUGAAUGUUCUUCAACAGGUAAAUUUACAACAUUCAGGGUGUCUAAAAAUGUGAAUUUUGAAACUAAUAUUGAACAUUCUGUUCGAGAUUGAUUUUCAAAGCGAUUGACAUUCAGCUUUCUAACGACGUUUAGCUUUUUAAAUUUGACCCGUAACUUUGCGAGCAAGAUUAUUUUUUGUGAUUACUGUUGGAGAAUCAAAAAUUUGAGAUAGAAUAGCAAUUCGAUAUCCAAUAAAGACAAAGCGUGAGAAUAUCGUAGAUGUUUGCAAUGUUCUCCUAAAACUAACAACAUUCUAUGCCCUAUUGUUUCUCAUUAUUGUUAGAACAGAAUUUGGCGUUAUAAAACACAUAUCCUGAUUUAUCAUGUUUUAAACGCAUCGUUAGUACAUUUUCCCCAUAAAAAGUUGUGGUUUAGGUAUAGUUACAUAGUAAAUUUGCAUAUGAUUUUAGUCACAUCUACACUCUACAGUCAAUAGGUUUUAUUUAAUCUUCACCAGUUUUUUUAACCUGUGAAAAACCUCCCUCUAACCUAUGCAAAACCUCCCUCUAGCCUGUGCAAAACUUCCCUCUAACCUGCAUGUGCAAAACCUCCCUCCAACCUGUGCAAAACUUCUCUCUUCCGAAACUCGUACUUUAACAGAAUUGUAUUUUUAGAUAGAUAGAUAGAUAGAUAGAUAGAUAGAUAGAUAAUUUAUUUAACGAUAUAUCACAGAGGAGCAAGAAAGCUCGUAAAAACGCGAACGUCAGAAGAUUAGAAUAUAAAUCUAUACAAUUAAUUUAUAAAACCUAAAUUCCUAGUUAUAUGUAUACAAAUUUAUCUUAAAAACAUAUCAGCAUAUAAUGCAUUCCUAAAAGUCUUAAUAUCGUUUAAUUGCCUGAUAUCAAAUCAUCUUCGUCUGUUCCCAUACUUAAAUCUAAACUAUAUAUAUUUUACACUAAAAAGGUGAACAGUACUUUUGAUGUAGACCGUCCUGGAACAUGGAAAACUGUGUGCAGUAAAUGUCGUUCUUUACAUAGAAACUGUUGUUCAUGGAUGUAAUCAUAUAGUUAGUAAACAGUUCGCUAAAGUCUUUGUUCUUUUUUUGUUCGCGUUUAUGCAGUUUUGUGCACGGUGCACGGUCAAUGAUUGAACACAUUGUAUUUCAGUAUAAUGAACGAAUCAUCCAAUAGCAACGUUUCAGUUCAGUCAUUCAACCAUGCUAUUUAAAUAUUAAUAAAGUUAAAUCCGUUCUGCGCAUCGGUUCUGCUCAUAACAAUGUGAGGGCCCUCUAUAAUGUAAACAUUGCCCAAAUUUCGAAUGUUUCGAAUUUUUCGAAUUUUUCUGAACAUAAAAUUUAUUUCAUAUUCAUUUAGAAGCAUAGCGAACCAAAAACGUGUUAGAUAUUCAAACAAUCCAUCGUAUUUAAAAAAUACAGCAGUUCAAAAUGUAAACAAACCGUUUGUUUACAUUACGGACUUGACUUCCACUUUAACCUAAAACAAAGAAUGUGCACUGUAUAAGGUACUGCUCAACAUAAAAUCCCAGCUCAUUAUAACGACUUUGAAGUUUACUGAGUUUCCAGAUCAUGUCUCGAAAGAUUAUAUGAUGUAAUUAUAAUUGUUGUAUGUCCUAAUGUUUAUGUGUAUAAGAUGUAUUCUUGUAAUACCUAUAAGUAAUUAUGUAAUGUAAGUUUUUGGUGGGACUUAAUUGGGGACUUUACCAUCAGUCAUUUGAUUGUAAACUUAAUAAAAAAAAUAAUUACUUGCCCAAAUAGCAUCAAUACAGGUCUUAUUCGACAGGAAAAUUCUUGAACUUUAAAAUGCAAAAGUCGCUUUACAAAGGAGUAGACAAAAGCUAUUAAGUUUAAAAGAUGGAAAUACUAUAUCAUCGUAGUAUGAUGAUCAGCCUUUAAGUACAAAGGACACGUACAAAUGGUAGGAACUAGGUCUCUAUUUAAUAACAUCGCAUUGCUAUCCUAUAGCUAUAUAGUCUAGUGGUAAAACAACCGAACCGGCAAUCGACAGACAUGUCAGACGGGUUCGAUUCCCGUUGGGAGUUCAAUCUCGUUCCCCGAGCAUGCCUGUUCGCAGGUUAAGGUAUGCCAACCCUUAACCUGCGAACGUGCAUGCUCGGGGAACGAGAUUGUUGGGAGUUCAGAUAUUUUCUGAAUAUAAAGCUUGACAAAUAAUAUUUACUUCACAUAUAUAUCCAAGCUUGCAACAUAUAUACUACAGUAUGUUGAAUUGAAUUUUGAAUUGAAUUUUAUUUGAUUUAGCACCACAUUACAUAAAGAUUACAACACAACAAAUAUACAAAAAAAUAGAAUUUUAUCAUCUUGGUGACAAGGAAGCCCAAAACGAAACCACAAGGCUUGUAUAAAUUUAGGCUCCCUUUAAAUGUACACCUAUUAAAAACACAGUUAGGCUAAUAAAUUAUGAAGCUAGUGUAGACGUGCUUCAGCUUGCAGACUAAAAUUUUACAUCAUGCAUAUAUAAUUAUUAAUAAAUUGAACACAAAUUAAAUACUGUUUUACUUUUUCUUAACAAUAAUAUUGUUUCCAACUUGUUAACGAAUAAUAUUGUUUCCAACUUGGCUUCGCGGCAGAUUAAUUGGUAGCUACUUUCAUUCUCGAAUUAUUAGGUUCGGAUUUGCACGAUCAGCCGAACUGUACUGCAUCUUUAUGCCCGUUUGGGAUGUCAUUGAAGGAAUUUCUUCAAAACGCAUUUCAUGAAGAGAUUGACUAUAUACUGUAUACUUGGCCUCUGGCUUUUAGCCAGGGUCGUAAAAGAGAGCGCCCAAUUUUGGUACAACGAUACAUCUACAAUAAAGAGGGGAGGGGUUUAGAGAAAACGUUCAGGUUUACGUUACCGUUCGAACUUUUUCAACUGACACACAUGGCUUUGUGAGUUUGUGCCUCUAUGCUUCUUUACUUAACUACGACAUUUUCAUUUAGCCAGGUACACCAUCAAAUUGAUCAAAAUGUCAAAUGUAUAAUAAUAAUGAGAAUUGAAGCUAUUUCGUUUCAGAUAUAUUAAUAUACCUAGGGAAAUAAUUGAAAAUAAUUUCUCUUUUUCCCUAGAAUUUGGGCGUCCAAAGGCGUCCAUAUUUUGUUCUGGGGGCGUGCCAGGACGCCUCACGCCUGGCCGCCCGUCUGGCUAAAAGCCAAUCUCGUUUCCCGAGGAUGCCCGUUCGCAGGUUAAGGGUGGGAAUAGAUCUGGAGAAAUCGAAUUGAUUCAGUCAGGCCUGUGAUUGGCUGACGGCAGAUAGUACGUUGGAUUUCCAACGUGAGUUCUAUGCAUGCUUGGCAAUUGUUGCAAAAUAUAAAUAUGAGUAAAGUAUUUGGAAUUUCUCGUCGAAAAUUUGAUAUUUUUUACAUUGAAAUCGAUUGAAAACAAUUAGAAAUUCUGGGAAAAAUAUGUACGAAAGCUUCGGAUUGACAGGAAUACAACUACCUGAAAAAUACAAGGAGAACUUCGACGUUUCGAGCGAAGGCGCUUCGACUUAUACUGUAUUAAAUAGUUUGUAUACAAUAAUCGUAUUUGAACAUUUUACACUGUCGUACCCAACACUACAUACACCAUAAAUUCUGACAGGAGAGUUAAAUUUAAAUUUUAAAUCACAUAUAUAUUAUACUCAUUCUUGAGGAGAUUAUAUUUAUCAUUAUAAUAUAGUAUUUGUAAAUUCUGAACGCUGAUUGGCUAAGAGCCGUGUUGAUAUAACUCCAUGUCAACACGGGAAAUUUUCCGCCGCUUGUAAACACGGAAAUUUUUCUUAUUCUUCGGGCUUUUGACAUUGCUAUAUUAUAAAACCAAUAUAAAACAUUUUUUCCGUAUUGAUAUAUCGUUAUAUCAACACUCGUGGAAGUUGGGAAAACUCGAAAUUGUGUGAAAACACUCCGCCCUUCGGGCGUCGUGUUUCCACACAAUUUCUCGUUUUCCCAAUUUCCACUCGUGUUGAUAUAACUGUAUAUCAACACGGAAAAUGUUUUAUAUUUGUUAAGUAAAGGUCAAGUACGAUGUAUACAAACACUAAGGGCCUGUUCAUAUGAUCCCGCUUACCGGGACGUCUCGCUUACCGAUGAUCUCGCCGCCUAUCUAUUUUCCUAUAAAAUUUUGCAUUGUGUUCAUAUGGGAAAGCGAGCUGGCCCGCUUGCCGAGAUCUCUUUGAAUUUGCCGAGAUCAUAGGUAGGCGGGAUGAAAAUUUUUCCAUAUGAACACGCCAGCCCGCUUACCGGGAUGAAGUGAAACAAGUCUUGCCGGUUUAAUUUAACACUUUUUACUUGGUUUUAUGUUUGUUUUGUCAACAAGUAUUAAUAUAACCACCUGAAGCAAUACUUUUUCUUGUAAAUAAACGAAGAAAAACACUAAAAUCGCCAAGUAUUUGUGUUGCUUGACUGAAAUGUAGAAGUUUUGCAUACGCUAAUUAUAGAACUACAAUGCAAUUUCAUCUCGGCAAGCGGGACGAAACACUCCAUAUGAAAGCACGGAAAUAUUCGUCUCGGUAAGCGAGACGUCCCGGUAAGCGGGAUCAUAUGAACAGGCCCUAACAGUACAAGUCGAAGGGCCUUCGCUCGAAACGUCGAAGUUCUCUUUGUACUUUUCAGGUAGUUGUAUCACUAUCAACCCGAAGCUUUCCCACAGAAUUUUUAGUUGUUUUCAGUGUAAAAAGUAUCAAAUUUUCGACGAGAAAUUCUAAAUACUUUGUUCAUAUUUUGUAACAAUUGCCGAGCAUGCGUAGAACUCACGUUGGAAAUCCAACGUGAAUCAAUUCGAUUUCUCCAGAGCUAUGACCACCCUUAACCUGCGAACGGGCAUGCUCGGGGACGAGAUUGGCUAAAAGCCUGCUUUGCCUUCUGUUUUUUCUACAGCUAUAUCCAAUCAUUAAAACUGCAGUAUUUCAAAAUGGUAGCAAACAGUUAACAAGGAAAGAUAUAAUCCAGACCUGUAGUUUGUCGUUCUCAUUUGAAAGAGUUGUUUUUAGAUUAUCUGCCUUUGUAAAUAUUGUGGGGCCCCAAAUUUCGCUCUUGUUCUCAGUUAUAAUUUUUUAAGUGUCAAGAUACCCCGCUAUUGCAGGGAAGCGAGGGGCCACCAGAGAUCGUCGAGCAGCUCAGUGGGCUAAUUGCGUACUUGUUUUAAAUGUGUAUUAAAUUUUAUUUUAACAUCUGUUUAAGAUAUAUAAUAAAUAAUGAUUUAAAUUUUCCUUUUCCCUUCGCACGAAAACGUGUGAAAUUGUUUGGAAUUGUGUAUAGCUGCUUGAUUAUUCUAUAGAUGUGAAUGAAUGUUCCCGAGGUUUGGACAACUGUGGCAGUAAUUCUCAAUGUAUUAACACUGUUGGAAGUUUUUUAUGCAGAUGUAACAAUGGGUACACCGGAAAUGGCGUGGUUUGUUCUGGUAAGUGUUGCACAUCAUUUGUUAUUCAUUUAUAAUGCAGGACCAGGGUGACGUGGGUAUCCUGGAUAAACAUAAAUAUAAUAAUAAUAAUUCAUUGUCAGAAAUUUUAAACGAAAAUACCCCGGACGAACAUUUUGAAUAAAUUAGCUCCUAAACUCAAUAAUUAUAGUGUUGGUGUGUAUUUUACUAUAAUUAAAAUAUGGCAGAAACUAAAAAGGUUCUGAGAAAAGUCGAAAUUUUAACGUGGCUAUUAUAGAACGCUUUAAAUAUAUUCGGUUGAGUAUAUUUUCUGCCAAUCGCAUUUAUUAUAAUUUCAACGAAAGCUAAAGUAUAAUAAAACCACACACGUCACCACAAGAUUGAACAAGGAGUUGUAUAAUUUAUUCAAAAAAUAAAUUUAUUCAAAAUUUAUGGUAUAUUGAUGACUGAAUGAAUAUCGUACUUUAAUACUUCGUUCCCUGUAAAAACUGCUUCACACAACAUAUUUAUUUGUGAUAUCUCUUUAGAUAUUGAUGAAUGUUCUCUAUCUAUCGACAACUGUCAGCAAAACUCAAACUGCACUAACACUGAUGGAUCUUUCUUGUGUACUUGUGACAAUGGAUACUUUUGGACUGGGACGGUUUGCCAGGGUAAAAUCUGUAAUACAGCACUUAUUAAAAAGUAGCAAAUUUAAAUUAUACUGCAUUUAGGAAACUUAUGUUUGGAAUUUCGGUCGUAUUUAAACAUUCGUUUCACCAUUGUACAUUUGAUACUUCAAUGGUUUCCACAUGCCAUUUUGCGAUAUAGCUAUGCUUCAAAUGAUCUUGAUACACUUAUCACAAGCGUGUACACAUAUUUUAUUUGUAAAGAUUGUCGCAGUGUUAUUGCUGCCAUACACUCAAUUGUUGCCUUACAUUUUUGCAGGGAUAUCCCUCAGGUUACAAGGACCAUUAAGAUCCAAUGGUACCGGUCGUGUGGAAGUUUUCUACAAAGGGCAAUGGGGAACAAUCUGUGAUGAUAUUUGGGAUUUGAAUGAUGCUAGAGUUGCGUGUCGUCAACUGGGUUAUCGAAAUGCUGUUAGAGCGCUUCAGGGGGGAUUUGUUCCUGAUGGUUCUGGACAGAUAUGGUUAGAUCAAGUUGCUUGUAGUGGGAAUGAACAAAGUCUGUCAAGAUGUUCACAUAACCCAUGGGGAAAUCAUGACUGCAGCCAUUCUGAAGAUGCUGGAGUAGAAUGCUCAGGAGGUAACUAUCAGAAAAUGUUUUAUCUUUUCUGAAUAAAUAUUUAAUUACUGGCAUAUAGCUACGAUAUAUCUGUCAGACAUUAACCAGUACUGUAUAAUAAUCCUCAAUUAAUACGUUUAUUACCACUGUUUGAUUAUUCUAUGUAGACUUGAAUGAAUGUUCCCUAGGAUUGGACAAUUGUGGAAAUAAUUCUCAAUGUAUUAACACUGUUGGGAGUUUUUCAUGCAGAUGUAACCAUGGCUAUGCGGGAAAUGGUGCGAUCUGCACUGGUAUGUGAUGCAAGUAGCGCCUGGUUUUUGUCGACAACUGCCUAAAGUAUUUCACUCAAGACUAUCAUGUUUUUAUAUAUCUAUAGAUAUAAACGAAUGUUCCCUAUCUAUUGACAACUGUCACCAAAACUCAAACUGCAUCAACAUUGAUGGAUCAUUCCUUUGCACUUGUGAUAGCGGAUAUACUGGAAAUGGAACUGUAUGCCAAGGUAUUAUAGAUGUUGUUGAUUUUGCAAUUUGGGAGAAUAAAUCUCAAUGAAAAUCUUCGGAUAAAAACAGGAACUACAACCUCGCACACAGGGCUUCUGCGCUUAUUGCUCUCAGAAGCCCUGGGAUAAUCAAAACUGAACACCAAAGAACAUUGGUGUUCGGAAGCGGUUGUAAGCAGUAUAGCUCCACCAAGAAACGCUGACUGGGGAUAUUCUUUGCAUUAUUUGUUGCAAUAUAUUUGCAAUAAACUGGAACUUGUAAGUUGUAAAGACGUCUUAUUUAAUUUGUUUCUCGUGUGGCUUUUGGAAUUUAAAGAAUCACAGUCAACCGUGAUGCUUUGCGCGCUGAAAUGUUUUGAUUGUUGUGUAUUCCGCCAUUUUAUUAGCCACUUUAGUGACGAAAGAUUGACAUCCAAAGAGUAUUCUUAUGAAUGUGCAUUAUUCUUAGACGAUGUCACAUUUUUCAUGGUUGGAAUAUGUUAAUAGAUUAUUGAUUGAGAUUUCGGCGUGUGUUUUUAUCUUAACCAAUGAUUUAAAAAAUUUUUCACAUUUUAUAAAGUAGAUCUGUACAUAGCUAAUCAUGGCUUCUGCAUUUCCAGUUCGUGGAAGACCAUCAAGUGAGGGUAUAUCAAAAAGAAUAUCGUUGACAAAUUCAACGAUAUUUGAACAACCGUCCUUUCGACGGAAAGGAAAGAAAGCCUGGGAAUACUGAGGCUUUUGCAUAGCGAAUAGGAGUUUGGCGAAAUGCUGCUCCAUCAAAGCAUGGACAAACUGCAUGCGUGAACGUAGUAGGCGAUGGUGCAGGAAUCAGGAUUUCAUGAAAACACCAGCGAGUAAAUGUAUUGAAGUUUUUCUGUUUAUCCGCGUGCCAACGGCGCGUAGCGCCGUUCCGGUCGUAAGCCCGGGGCGAGGGUACUAAUUCCGCCCGGUUAUUUAUACCCGGGGAACGAAAGCAUUAGCGAAGUCUAAAGUUCAUCAACGAUCGCGGGCGUUGGUGAUCAACGGUGUUGGAGUGUUGGGUGGGUGGUCAUCCUCACUGAUCUCAAAAAUAUGGCGGACUGUGAUGAAUAGCAAACACUGAUUGGUCAAAUUUAAAAUUUGCAUUAUAACAUCUGCAUGACGACAGCGAAAUAGCAAACAUUUCUUGAUUUGAUGAUUUCUUGCAAAUAUAUUUCAUUUUUGCAAGAUUCUGUGAAUGUCAAAAGCUUUCUAAGAAAAUAAAGGCGAAAUAAUUGCUAUAUAAAAGAAGGGAGUAAAGUCGCCGACGUUAACGAAAGUAGGUUUGUUGCUGCCGAGCGCAGCGAGGCAGCACACUAUUCUUGACGUCUGAUGGUUGCCCCAGAGUCCACUCGACCCAGUUUCCCGCGCGAGUUAUGUAUUGGCGAGAAUCUUAACUUGUGUCAUUCUGGAUGUCGGUUUUCCGAGGGUUGAAGUUGUUUGUAAUGUGAGGGGGUGCACGCACCCUUCGAAAUUCGAAUUCCAUGUGACUACGACUCAAGAGUCAAGAUAUAUUCAGUAUUAGCCAUUCCGAAGCUGAUGAGAGGACUGGGGACGAGUGUUAAAAAGUACCCAAAUUAACAGGUGGGCAAUUUGUCGACGCUAACCAAAAAUAGCGGCUCAUUUCUUCUUGAGUUGCCAUUUUCGCGUCGAAGAGCAAAAAUAACCACUGCGAAGUACGCAUGAGAUUCAACAUGACAUUCAACAUGAUAUUCGAUAUUGUGUAAAUUAACUAAUUUCAAUCACUCAAAAGUCAAAAUGACAAAUACAGCCAUUUCUUUUCUGCCAAGUGAAUUAGAAGAAAACAAACCAUGCAGGUCACAUUAGCUAACUAGUUCCUUUUAUGUUUUUUCUGCAAAAAACCAACAAAAGGUCUCUCAAGGCACUGCAAAACGAUACUUUCCAAACAGCUAUCCACACUGUAUAAAUAUUAAAUACAACUUGCCACGAAUUUUAAACUAUAAAUUUCUCCGCUGCUAUUCUAUGGGAUUUUUUAAACUUUCAUAUCUUGUACAAAUUUAUAUCAUCCAUCCAUUGGUUGUUGAACAUUAGGUGGCUUAGGCCUAUGAAAAAAUAGAAAUUCAGCCGCAAACUGAACGGUAUUAGCUGUAAGCGAAUACUAAUUAAUUAGCGCGCACGCACUGACAAGAAUAGCAUGUCAAACUAUAAAUUUCUCCGCUGCUAUUUUAUAGGAUUUUUUUAAACUUUCAUAUCUUGUACUAAUUUAUCUCGUCUUUCCACUGGUUGUUGAAGUUUAGGUGGCUUAGGUCUAGAAACAAUCGAAAUUCAGCCGCAAACUUAACGGUAUUAGCCAUAAGACAUUACUAAUGUUCAAAUGGUCAAAUACAACCUUAAAUAAUGUCGUUUUACUAACUGGUCAAAUACAACCUUAAAUAAUGUCGUUUUACUAACUGGUCAAAUACAACCUUAAAUAAUGUCGUUUUACAAGGAGAUAAAAUGUAUUUUAAUAGAAGCUCUAAAUAAUGGCUUAAUAGUCCAGGUGUAGAACAUUUGUCUAUAGAUAACUUUAUAUCAAGAGUUGUUUGUUUUUUAUGUUGUAUGAAUUACAUGUUGAAUAGCUUUUCUUACAAGAUUUGUAAACCACUCUUUCAAACCAUUGUGACAGAGCUGAUUCAAACACAAAAUUUUACUAAAUCGUCCACUGUAACACAAACUAUCAGUGAUCCGCCCAUUGUGGUGGAGCCCAUUGAGGCACCAACUAUCAGUGAUCCACCCAUUGUGGCGAAGCCCAUUAAGGCGACAACUAUCAGUGAUCCACCCCAGUGGCGUAACUACUAGGGGCCCAACCUGGUCGAAACCAGGGGCCCUGGAGAAGCAACUUCUUAGGGGGCCCUUGUCUAAUAUCAAAUAAUACAAAUAUUGUAUUUUAAUUAAUAGCGUGAAAAUAUGAUAUAUUUGUCUUAGAUGCAAAAAGCUCUAUAUAACACCAAUGUUCAAUUGUAACGAGUUUAUACUAUAAUUUUUAAAUCGAGAUUAUUUGAUAGAAUUUUCAAACUGUCAAGUGAAAGCAUCGUUUAUGUUAGUUUGAUAAUUAUUUUAAUGCACCUCACAUCCUCGCCUUGUGUUUCCUCGUGUUAUUAAUUAUUUGCCUACGAACUAACGAAAGGUUUGCAUUAUUUAUCUUUUUGACUUCAAAGUUUUAUUAAAAUUUAGAAUUUUACCAUAUCUUCGUAACACGAUUUAGGUACCGCGCGAGUCCGGGCCCCUCGUAUUGAAAUUAGCGAAUUCGCAUGCAAAUUUGCCUAUGUUUCAGUAAGAUAACCCGAGAAAUCACGUCUAGCUUUUCACAACCGGAUGGUCAUCAAGAAAAGACUAUAUACGAGCGAUAAAAACAGAUUUCCCGACAUCAGGACUGAAGCUCCUGAAACAAUAUAGUAAAGGACGUGAAAGCAAAGAGAAGUCUGAGGCUAUAGUGAUAAGCACUCUGGAAUUUCUUCUUUCACUUAUCAUCUGGGAAAAUAUUGUUACUGCACUUAAUCUUGCAUCUAAAGAUAUGCAAGCAUUUGAUAUGGAUCUUGGCAAAUCAUCCCUCCAAUCGGAAAGAGCACUAAAUUCAGAUAAAGAAAUAAGAAUGGUAAAAGAUUUUUAAAAAAUCCACUAUCCUUGCCUUAAGUUUGGAUUUCCUGUUUCAUUUGUUCAAAAAAGAACAAGAAGUGUUCCUAGAUACUUUAACGAAGGGGCCACAGACGAGCUUAUCAUUGACGCAAAAACAAAAUUCUGUGUGGAACUGUUCUUUCCAAUAAAGUUGAAGAGGCAAAAAAGUUUGAAGUUGAAGUUGAAGAGGCAAAAAAGUUUGAAAUUUACAAAACGAUUGAUAUCUUUGAAGAGAAAACGACCGGAUCAACUAAAUUUAACAGUUAACUGAAACAAUUUGGUUGCACUUUAAAUUGUGUAUGCUUACACCUUGUCAGUGUAUUAAUUGUUAUGAACUAUAUGUUGUUGUUGUCGUUGUCGUUGUCGUUGUCGUUGUCGUUGUCGUUGUCGUUGUCGUUGUCGUUGUCGUUGUCGUUGCCGUUGCCGUUGCCGUUGCCGUUGUCGUUGUCGUUUUUUUUUUUUGUUUUUUUUUAACAGCUUUAUUUGACAUACAUAUAAAAGGUUACAUAAUAUUAUUAUUAUCCAAACAAAGAAUAUUACAGGGUAUACGUCCAAUGGGGCUAGCGCAAACGGGACAACGAGACCCAUGCAGGACGCCACCCCUAAACUAAACUAGUGAAAACAAACUUAUUUACUAUACAGAAUAUACAUAUAUAACUUAGGACUUAAGUACGGUGACAAGGGCAGUCUCUUAUGAGCGACCAUGUACAUGUCAUAUCUACAUUAAAAGUACUGUUCACCAAGGCGGUGUAUGUCUUGUGCAAAAAGCUUUUAAAAAUAUUUACAUUGGCAAACUUUUCAGGAGAGGCUAUUUUACAUAUAUAGUUCCAAGGCUUUACUAUUCUAUUAAAAAACGAUGCCUGAAAGGUGGAUGUUUUACAGCAGGAGUGUUUUAACAUUAGGGCUGGAUUUUGUGCGCGAGAUCGAUUGUGCUCUACGAAGGUUAAAAGUUGAUUAAUGUUUAAAUCGGUAUGACCAAAAAUACAUUUAUAAACCAACACAAGAUCUCUGAUUCCUCGAUCAUAAGUUAGUGGCAAUAGGUUUAGAGAUUUCAGCCUGUCUUCAUAUGACAGCUCACCAACUUUAGUUCUUAGAAUCCAUCGAGUUGCCCGUCUGUGCACUCGUUCUAAGAGAAUCUGCAACUUUGCGUUUGAAGGUGACCAAACCUCAGUUGCGUAGCACAGCUGCGACUUUACCAAGGCUAGAUAAAGUGUUCGUCUAACUUUGGUGUCUGUGAUGAGAGGACAUGUUCUCUUCAGGAGACUGAGCAUCCUGUUAGCUUUGCUGACGAUUGAGGAGAUGUGAGUGUCCCAAGAUAGCUUGCUAUUGACGAUAACUCCUAGGUCGUUUUCCUGUUGAACACGUUGUAAAAUGGCAUUGUCCAGGUGGUACUCCGUAAGUACAGGCGAUUUCUAUGGCAAGCGAUACGAUUCAAAAUACAUUGACGCACUUAUAUUACUUUGAAAGUUAGAUUUUCCUCUUAAUUUUCCGUUUACGCAUUUAGAUAACGAGGUCCGCUUAAUGCUACUAUUACUUUAUUUCGAUAAAUUUAAAUACCUACGUAUCGUUACGCACAAAAAUUACAUACGAAGAAUUACCAUGGAAAUACGGAGAACAUAAUUAUACAUAUGUAUAAUUUCCGUGCGAAUUACCUACGCAAAAUUUAACCAUGAACAUAACAUUUACAGCCAAUUGCAGUUGAGCUUGCAGCUUGCAUUUUAAACGCGUUGUUACAUCGUUGAAAAGUAUGCGUUCAUUCCUUAGAAACACGCCGUUGCUAGGGGCGUAACGUGAACUUUUGGCGGGCAUUGUUGAACUUCUGAACGGCGUGCAAACAAACGUAUAACGAGUUAAAUAUUGUAAAAACGCUGCUAAAGCCUGCGAUAGAACAGUAAGGUAUUUUUAGAAUGCCUGCAGUCAAAUUAGAACUCCCUGGUCGGUUUUGUGACAAAAUCUAAUUUAAUUCGUCAACGCCAAGAAUAGAAAAACAUGUUUACGCCGUUACAACGCCCGCCAAAAGUUCACGUUACGCCCCUAGCAACGGCGUGUUUCCAAGGAAUGAACGCAUACUUUUCAACGAUGCAACAACGCGUUUAAAAUGCAAGCUGCAAGCUCAACUGCAGUUGGCUGUAAUUAUGUAGGUUAAAGUUACAUACGUAACUGUCAACACUCUUAAAUAGAAUCACAUAGGUAAAUUUACCUACGUAACUGUCAACACUCUUACAUAGAAUUACAUAGGUAAAUUUACCUAUGUAACUGUCAACACUCUUAAAUAGAAUCACAUAGGUAAAUUUACCUACGUAACUGUCAACACUCUUCCAUAGAAUUACAUAGGUAAAUUUACCUAUGUAACUGUCAACACUCUUAAAUAGAAUCACAUAAGUAAAUUUACCUACGUAACUGUCAACACUUAUUUAAUUAAGUGCAUAGGGUAUGUAAAUGUCAGCAAUCAUAUUAACACAGGAUGAGGUAUUUAGCACUAAAGCACUCUUGAUUAUUUAGUAAAUCUUUAUUAGAACUUCAUUAUAACUUGAUUAGUAAAUCUUUAUUAUAAGUACAAUAAUAUAGUAGGGCCUAUAUUUGUUUUAGUUACAUAUAAA